AUGGGGUUACAUAAGGAAGGAAGGCACUCUGAGGCCUACUGUGCCCUUGGAGUUGUGUCGCUGGAGUACCCGUGUGUGAAGCCGCGGAUACUGAGUUCCCGGGCCUUGGCCAGUGUCCAACAGGCAGCCCUGACCCUCGCCUCAGGUUCCUUUGCUGAUGGGGAAGCAGGGAAGGAGCCCUCUCCCUCCACCCUGGGGGUCUCCCUGCACCCUGGGGGUCAGCCCUUACGUUACCCAACCAUCAUGAGCCGGCAGGUCUGCACCAUCCUGAUUGUUCUGGCAUGGAUAGGGUCUUUUAUACAUUCUAUAGCCCAGAUUAUCCUGGCCUUGAGAUUGCCUUUCUGUGGACCCAAUUUGAUUGAUCAUUACUGCUGUGAUUUGCAGCCCUUACUGAAACUUGCUUGCAUGGACACGCAUGUGAUCAACACGCUGUUGGUGUCUAACAGCGGGGCCAUUUGCUCAAGCAGUUUUGUGAUACUGAUGAUCUCAUACAUUGUCAUCUUGCAUUCACUGCGAAACCACAGUGCAGAAGGGAGGAAAAAAGCUCUCUCUACUUGCACUUCCCACAUCAUCGUAGUAGUCUUAUUCUUUGGUCCAUGUAUAUUUAUAUAUACACGCCCCCCAACCACUUUCCCCAUGGACAAGAUGGUGGCUGUAUUUUAUACUAUUGGGACACCUUUUCUCAACCCACUCAUCUACACACUGAGAAACGCAGAAGUGAAAAAUGCCAUGAGAAAGCUAUGGCAUAUCAAAAUUACCUCUGGAAGCAAAUGA